AUGGCAAACGCAGCGUCCGGAAUGGCAGUGCAUGAUGAUUGCAAACUGAAGUUCCAAGAGCUUAAAGCGAAGAGGAGUUAUCGAUUCAUUGUGUUCAAAAUUGAGCAACAACAAGUCGUGAUAGACAAAAUAGGGGAACCGACGGAAACCUAUGACGAUUUUCAGGCCAGUUUGCCAGCUGCUGAGUGUCGUUAUGCCGUCUAUGAUUUUGAUUUCACAACUGCAGAGAAUUGCCAGAAAAGCAAGAUCUACUUCAUAGCAUGGUCACCAGAAAUUUCAAGGGUGAGGAUGAAGAUGGUGUAUGCAAGUUCCAAGGAUAGAUUCAAGAGAGAGUUGGAUGGCAUUCAAGUUGAACUGCAAGCAACUGAUCCAAGUGAGAUGAGCUUGGACAUUGUGAAAGGGCGAGCCCUCUGA